AUGUGGUUAGCGAGUGUUGGGAGCGUUUUGGGGCGAUUCGUGUUGGGCAAAGUCUCGAAAUAUUCUCAUGUCGCUGGAACUUCCCGGUUGUUCACGGGACAAGCUUCGGAUGAGCCUGUGGAAAUGAAGAGGAAUCCGUAUGAGAAGCAACGAGACAGUUGCGUGUUGUGCAGAUUAGGUGUCAGAGUGUCUUAUAAAAAUCCCAAGUUGUUGUCGCAGUUCGUUUCUCCUUACACUGGCUUGUUGUAUCCGAGGAACAUUACGAGAUUGUGUUACUUUCAACACGAACGGGUCCAAGACGAGAUUAAGAAAGCUCGGAAAGUCGGUAUGAUGUCCAGAUUCAUCAAGGAACCGGAAUAUUUCAAGGAUCCAGCGCUUUUCGACCCAUCGAAGCCCAUCAGACCUCAUCGUUUUUAG